CAAACGUGUAUGGGUCUCGCGUGAUGUGACUGGGAUGUCGUCAGGUCAAUAGACAACGUCCGCUGGUCGUUUUUAUUGAUAAUGCAUCGCACGUAGUAUUGGCGAUUUUCAUCGGCGAUGGACGUCGCUCACGUGCACCGCGAUACUCGCGUGACAGAUCUGUGAGGAUGGCGGCGAGGGAGUCCGGCGGUAGGAUUGAGUCCGUGUCGGAUCCUUGCCCCGUCAAUCCUCGCAAGAUCGGCCCGCAGAACGUGGUGGUUCGUCUGCGACGCAGAGAGACGAUGGGCUGCCCGUACCCAGGCACUCACGUGCAUUGCGCGCGACAGUUCUAUCAGAACGUCUUUCCCAACUUCACUGUGAUGAACGUGGAGAAACCGCCGUGUUUCCUGCGCAAGUUUAGCCCGGACGGGAAGUACUUAGUGGCGUUCAGCGCGGAUCAGACGUCGAUCGAGGUGUACGAAUACCGCGGGGCGUCGGCCGCUGCGGACUUGCUUGCCGACUGCGAAGGCGACUACAUCGGCCACAAGAGCGAUGACUGUAGCUUUCACAUACGAAGUAAUAUCUUCGCACGCUUCUUCAAGGUAAAGUGGAUUAUAAAUGUAGUAGAAAGCAACCAGCAAUUGAACAGAGAAUGCAGUCUUUUCACUGAUGACGCUCGAUAUGUAAUUGUGGGUUCGGCCGCUCAUAUCCCUGAGGAAUUGAGGCCACAUUUUUAUCAGAUUUAUUCCAAUAAUGAGGCACUGACACCGAACCCUAGAUCACCACUCGAGGAUUACAGUCUGCAUCUUGUUGAUUUAAAAGGUGGAAAGCUGUGUGACACUAGACACUUCAAAGUGGAUAAAAUCUAUUUGUCGCAUAAUCAAGGUCUGUAUUUGUACAAAGAUAUAUUAGCAGUUUUAUCUGUACAGCAUCAAACGAUACAUAUCUUUCAAAUUCUUGAUGGCAUGUUUAUAAAUGUCAGGACAAUAGGAAGGUUUUGCAUGGAAGAUGAUGCAUAUUUAGUGACAAGUGCUUUUCCUGGGAUUAAUUGUCGGCCAUUUAAGGAUAUUGCAAUUAAUAGUCUUAAACACAGAUUGCUUGUAUAUUUAUACAAAAGAGCAGAAUACAUAAGUUAUGUGACUGAAGAUCCUUACGAAUUAAGACGAUUUUAUCAAUAUUUUGAUCAGCUAAAUUCUUUACGAAUGUGGAAGAUGCAGCUAUUAGAUACAAAUCAUAUUUUGGUAAGAUAUGCAAGUGAAGAAGUAGCAACGUUACAAGCAAAUGAACCAAACGCGCAGCCGGCUCUGUUAGUAGUCUACAAUAUGGUUACGGCGAAAAUUUUGGCGGCUUACGAUAACGCGUCGACUCAAUUGUUAACCCAUUUCGAAAACUUUAGCGACUUCUUUAGAAAUGCCAGAAUGAGUACGGAUUGUCAGUACAUGUGUUCACCAUCUAACAAUAUAUAUGCCAGAUUGCUGCAGCAAAGAUUCAAGCAAACGAUAAUAAGCGCUAGGUAUGGAGGUGUUACAGAAGCUACAAAGAGGUUGCUUGCUCAGUUACCAAUAUGCGCGCAAUCUUACUCCAGUUCACCAUAUCUCGACUUAGCGUUAUUUUGUUACGACGAAAAAUGGGUAUCUAUGAUGGAACGCCCCAAAGCGUGCGGGGAACAUCCAAUACGCUUUUAUGCACGUGAUUCAGGUCUCUUAAAAUUCAGAAUGUAUGCUGGCAUGCUUGGACGAACGGCACCAACAGCUGCGAGACGAUUAGUUGCGUUUACUUUCCACCCGACGGACCCAUUCGCGAUUUCGGUGCAACGUACUAAUGCAGAAUAUAUAGUUAGUUUUCAUGUUAGGCACGUCUAAGUCUUCCUUUUUUUCUUGAUACGUGUAUAUUUUACUAGUGUUCAAAUGGGGAUUUCUCGUCUCGUAAAAAUUGAGAUCGCUACUAGACUGCUAAAGUACAAAGUGAAUUUUACUUUUCGAACAAAAUUAUGCUACGGCGUAAUCAUACAAAGUUGAAUUAGAUUCAAAGACUAUUGUCGGCUUCUAGCAGACUAUGUAAGACUAUACAAUGUAGUUUAAUACACUUUUAAUAAAAUUGUAAAUUUUAAUUUAGGAUUCUCAAAAAUGCGAGAUUGUAACAUAAUCGUGUUACGUCGUUCAUAAAAGAAAAUUGCAGUCUUAUUUUUA